GCCUUAUUUUACACCCCUUCUUUGUUUUCUUCUUUGAUAUUGAGUCUAACCAGGGCCAAAAGAAAUAUGACAGGACAAUAUUGAGCUAUUUGUCCAUUAAAAUCCGAUUCCUCUUUGCGCCCUUUUGGAUCGCAAUCCUACCUGCAACUAUUUUGGUUUCUACCCCACUUUCCACCCCUCUUUGUCAGAGCUAUAGCUCUCGUUUUCAAAAUGGUGCUGGACUACAGCAAGUGGGAAGCUCUUGAGUUAUCGGACGAUUCGGAUAUUGAAGUCCAUCCGAAUGUCGAUAAAAGGUCCUUUAUCCGGGCCAAACAGGCCCAGAUUCAUCAACAGCGUAUGCAGCGCCGUCACGAAAUCCAAACAUUGAAGUAUGAACGAGUUGUCAACGAUGGCCUUCUCUCGCGCAUCGACAAGCUCCUUACCUCUCUGAAGGAGCAAGAUAGCUCGUCAUCGGGUCCGGAAGACGUGGUAUUUCAGGUGCUUAUGGAAUAUGCAAGCAACCCCGCCGAGGAUCAGCCUCCUUCGGCCCCCGAGGGUGUCCACACGCAUGAAAAAGAACAACCCAGAUACUCCCAGAUGAUGAGUGCCUUGGUGGAUCAGGUCAAGAAAGAGAUUGACGACUCUGGGGCCGGAAAUUCUUUUGAAGCCUACGUGAAAGGCGUGCAGGGACACAAAGAUAAGGUGCAGGACUUACAAAAGGAGUUGCUGGCAAGGCUGGCUCAGCUUGAGAAGGAAGAGAGUAGCAAAAUUACAAGUGAAUCGAUUCAUACCGGAUUUGAUACUUCCCAUGUAUCUAAAGCAGACAAGUCCGGUGCCCAACCGACCGCAGCGCAAAAAACGAGCUCUGUCGAAUUACUGAACCCCGGUGUGGCAAACAGCAUAUCUUCUCAGGAACCUGGCAAUGACGAUGAUGAUGCAAUCGAGGACCCUGAUAGUGUGCAAGCUAGUGACCUAGCAAAGAAAUUUGCAAAAAUCAGUUCAAGUGACUAUCGAACCCUGCAUCAAUUCAUAUCCUCGCACCCGCAAAUUGUCGCUGAGAAAGAAACCGAUGGCCUUUUAGUUGAAGCCUUUAAUAGCCAAAUGGAAGGAAAAGAGGACUACGCCCGUCAAUGUGUCCACCAAGGGUUGCUACUGCAAUAUUGCCGAUCUUUAGGUCGUGAUGGAACCUCGCUUUUCUUUAAGCGUAUUACAACUAAAGAACACCAAGCAGGAACUCUUUUCCGCAACGAUGUCAAUGAAACCUAUCACAAAAUCAAAACCCGUGCCGCAGAACUAGCCAAGGACAGCUCUGCGUCUAACGACCCCGCUGGAGUCGAGCAAAUUCAGCUUCAUGCCGUCGACCCGAACACAAAAAUUACAAUUAAUAUCCCUCCGAGUCAGAGCAGCGACCCAGUCGAGAUCGAAGCGCGAAAGGUCUACGAGUCCUUCUCCAAGGAAAUGCAAAAGGCAUUGGCCUCCGAGUCAUUGGACGAGGUUAACAAGGUGCUUGGGAACCUAAGUGUUGAGGAUGCUGAGGAUGUUGUAGAAAAGCUCGGACAAACCGGUAUGUUAAGCCUUGAAGAAGGUAUUGUGGACGCUACAACGGAAGAGGGCCGCAAGAAGCUUGAGGAGAUUGAGGCUGAAGGUAAAAGAGAAAGGCAAGUAGAAGAGAUUGGAGAACCCGGGGGGGACAUUACAGAAUUGGACUGAAAGUGUAUAAAAUUGUUUGAUGAACGGUAUGCAUGCAUGUAAGCCUUAGCUUCAUGCUAUUCAAUAUGUUAUCUUUUUAAGUUUAUAACAAGUGCCUAUGACGUACAAUGAAAAAUUCACAAAAG